AAGAAGAAGAUGAAAAGAGAAGAGGAAAAGUAACAAACUCCUCGACUGAGAAUAUGCCAUUUACAAUUUACCUCGGAAACCAUCGGUUCUCAAUUAAAUCUUAUUACUAUCUGUUGAUUUCGAACCAAAGAAAAUUGUUUCUUCACUCUUCUCAAUGACUUUAAGCCAGAGUAUGGAUUCAGUCAAUAAUGUGCCUGAAGAAGAGGUACGAACAUUAUUUGUCAGUGGCCUUCCAAUGGAUGCAAAGCCUCGAGAACUUUAUCUACUCUUCAGAGCCUAUAAGGGAUAUGAAGGAUCUUUGUUAAAAGUAACAAGCAAAAAUGGAAAAACAUCAUCGCCUGUCGGAUUUGUAACAUUUUCAACUCGUGCAGGAGCUGAAGCUGCAAAACAAGAUCUUCAGUCUGGUGUCCGUUUUGACCCUGACCUGCCGCAAACGAUUCGCCUUGAAUUUGCACGGAGUAACACAAAGGUUAGCAAACCUAAGCAAAAAUCAUCACCACCAGUUCCAGCGUCACACCCAUCGCUAGCAGUUCUUUGUCAAACGGAAGAUUGUUCAUUACCCUCCCCAUUUCCCAUUCUACCUAAUCCGAUGACUAAUAUUUUCUAUUCUCCCGCUCUUGUUCAACCCUCCCACUGGCGAUACCUGUAAUAAUAAUAAUAAUAAUGAUAAUAAUCAUCAUCAUCAUCAACAACAACAACAAUAUGAUAAUAAUAAUAAUGAUAAUAGUAGUUAAAUAACAAGAAAGAAGCAAAAGAAAAACAAAAAACGGAACAACAACUAAAACUUUGAAUGAAAUGAUGAAAUUUUGUGAAAAAUUGAUGAGAAAAAAACAAAAAAAAAGUUAUCAAACAAUUUUAAUGCAAAACCAAAAAAUUAAUAAUAAUGAUGAUGAUAAAACCAAAACACAGAUAAUAAUGAACAAUUUUUAGCAAUAAUAUAAUGAUAAUAAUAUAUAACGUUAAUUUUAAUGAUAAUUAUUAUUAUGAUUAUAAAUAUGAAACAAAUAAUUAAGUUGUUGACCCUGGACUUAAACUCAAUCAGUUUUCCCUCUCAAUCCUCAUCCCUACAUCCUUACCUUACCCACCUCCACCCACUUCCGCCUCGAAACCCACCUCAAUCUACCUUUGACUCUCUCUCUCUUUCUCCCUCCCUUCCUCCCUCACUCUUUCUCUCUCGUUAUUGCAUUAUCAUUAUUAUUAUUAUUAAUAUUACUACUUCUAUUAUUAUAUAUACAUAUAUUCAUAUGUUGUAUCAUAUUGAUAUGAAAAAAAACAAUAUUAAACAAAUGAUACGAUAUAAUUACAAAAUCAACCUUGACCAAUCAUCAUCCAAAUACAAACUGCAAAAACAAAACCAAAUGAACAAUCAAAUCGUCAUCACAUUGUCCUCUCUCUCUCUCUCUCCCUUGGUUUAUCUUCCUCAUCCUCUUUCUUUUAUCCUCUGUUUUUUUGUUUCUCUCUCUCUCUCAUUGAAUGUCAACAAUGUUUCCUUUAUUUUGGUUUCUUGGAACCAACAAUCUCCCUUGUAUCAACUCUAUUAUCAUCCAUCAACAUCAUCAUCUUCAUCUUCAUCUUCAUCCCAAAACCAAACUGACCAUAUCAUAUAUACAAAAAAACUGUGACCAACACCAUUGAUGAUCAUCAUUGAAUCAAACAAAAUAAUAAUAAUUAAUUGAACCAAAAUUUUAGCAAAACUUUUUGUCAAUGAACAAAAAACAAUCAACCAAAAUCAGCUCACAUUUAAAAAAACAACAACAAUGAUCAAUAAUGAUUAAGAAAGAAACAAAAAAGUUAUUAAAACAUUUUUAUUAUUAAAUUUAAAUUGUUUUCAAUUAAGAAAUGAAUGAACAACAAUAACAACAAGCAAAAAAAAAAAUAUUAAAGCCAAUCAAUUAAUUAUGAUUAAUUACUAAUAAUAAAAUUUAAAAUGUUAUCAAAGAGAAAACAAAACAACAAAGUGUUGAGAACAAUUUAAUUAUCCUGAUUGUCCACACCUUAAGAAUUGACCAAUUUAAUUGUGUAUGGAUACGAUGACCAUUCAAUUUACUUUGGGAAGAUAAUUUCUUUAUUGUCUUCCAAUUAACUCGUUGAAACAAUAAGCUCAUCUUUUCAGAACAAUUAUCCAAUUAUACUAAUAGAAAAUGUGAAAUUUAAUGAUCAUUAUCAUGAAAUGUUGGGUGAAAAUUUUCUUCUCCUCCAAGACAAUUGAAUGUUCAUCUUUUAACAAGAUUAAUAUUUAAUCAUUAAGUGUAACUAUUAUCAUGCUCAAUAAUUACCUUUUUGCUGAAUUCAUCCUCAAUUCAACGUAUAUUACUGGACAUUAAUGAUUAUUUACUUAACAUCAUCAUGAUAAAUUCUGGUGAGUUUAUUUUUCCAUUUUUGUUACCAUGAAAAAAAGGAGAGAGAGAUAACAAAAAAAGUUCUGAAGGAUGAUGAUGAUGAUCAUCAUGAUGAUGGUGAAAAAUGUGUCAACCAAACAGAGGAAUAGGAGUAAAAAAAAUCACAAUAUGAGAUAAAUUCAUAUGAAAAUUAAAUUCCUGACCAUUCACUUUGACCAUCUACUCAUAUUGACACAUGAAAAUAAGUGAGAGAGAGAUGAAAUUUCACAUUAACUGAUUUCUUUUUUUUAAUUACCAUCAUCAUCUUA